AUGGUUGCGCAGUCGCUGAGCUCGCUUUUGCAGCGGGCAUCGAUUGACGAUCAUGAGGAGGUCAUUCAGUCCUGCAAUGAAACCCUCGCCAAGUCUAAGACCGAUAUUCACGCCCAACACAUCAAAGUCAUCGCUUUAUUAAAGCUCGAUCGCUACGAGGAUGCGCUGCGGGUGCUUGAGGCCGGAGGCGAUGCCCUGAAGCAGCGGGCUGGGUUGGAACAUGCAUAUGCAUUGUACAAGUGUGCGAAGUUGGAGGAGGCUCUCGAUGCUGUGACUCGCGCGGAUCCUAGCCGCGGUGCCAGCCAUUUGGAGGCUCAAGUGAGCUACCGCGCUGAGCAGUUCCGUCGGGCUGCAGAGAUAUACGAGAAACUUUCCCAGACUCCUAGCUCUGAGGAUCACGACUUGAGCAUCAACUCAUGGGCCACCGAUGCCCAGCUGCAGUGGAAGGGCGAGGCGGAAUACGUGCGCCACGAGCGACCUUCGAGAGAGGAUCUGGAGGCAUUUGAAACGGCAUACAAUGCGGCUUGCUUGAAUAUUGCUAAGGGUGCCCUUCCGCAGGGCGAGGUGCUCCUCAACCGUGCGAAGAACAUUUGUCAGACAUCAGAGGACCUUUCACCCGAGGACAGGGCCGCAGAGCUGCUCCCCAUCUCUGUUCAAUAUUUAUAUGUGUUGAUUCGGCAAGGAAAGACGGAGGAGGCCGAGGCGCUCCUCAAAGAGAUCUCCGUGGAUGCCAUCCAAGAACUUUCUACAAAAAAGGUCGCCCGUAACAACAUUGUUCUGGCUCGUGAAGCCGCGGUCAACCCAUUCAUCCUCUACAAGGCCCUGCACGAAACCCCUGAUGCUAUCAACAACGACCGACUGUUCGAUUUCCAAAACAAUGCGCUGCUUGGCAACUCGCACGCAGCGGAUCUCCUCGUGCAGAAAUAUGACGGCAUGAUCCGUUCAACAGCUAAGGUGCUCUCAAAGAGCCCUUACCCUUCUACCGAGGCCAGCGUUAACCUUCAAUCCGUUUACAACGCUGCUGGCUAUGCGCGCGGCGAAACCGGCCAGAAGGCCUUGAAGCAGAUUCUCCCAGCCCUGGAAAGACGGCCUAAGGACCUUGGUCUCCUCCUGACCGUGGUCCAGCUCUACGUCAACGUUGGUAACACCACCUCCGCCAUCACCGCCGUCGAGCGCUCCCUACGCAGCCUCGAAGAGUCCAUCUCCGAAGCCGACCAGGAUGCCCGCUUCAACCCAGGCUUGCUUAGCGUUCUCGUCUCUUUGUACCAGCGCGAAGGUCGGAAACUCCAGAUCCAAUCCACUUUGGCACAAGCAGCCGACUACUGGCGCAAGAAGCCUGAGCCUCCUGCCUCCCUCCUGCGCGCCGCCGCUACCUCCCUCCUCCACUCCGAUGACUCCUCCGACUUGGCCACAGCCGGAGAUCUGUUCCGCUCCCUGUACCAGCAAGACUCCAGUGACCGCGUCGCCAUCGCCGGCUACGUAGCUUCCCAGGCUACACUGGACUAUUCCCAGGUUGAAUCGCAGCUCGACCGUCUUCCCGAGAUCAGCGACCUCGUCGCCGGUGUUGACGUUUCUGCCUUGGAGUCCGCAGGCAUUGCGCCCUCCGCCUCAUCUGCUGCUGCGGCUGCGGCCGCAUUCGCUGGUGCCCGUAAGCGUUCUGCCACGGACAAGGGCGACCACGCUACGAAACGUGUCCGCAAGUCUCGUCUGCCUAAGGAUUACGAUGAGUCCAAGAAGUCCGACCCCGAGCGCUGGCUUCCUCUGCGCGAUCGAUCCUCCUACAGACCCAAGGGAAGAAAGAACAAGCAGCGCGCCGCGGACCGUACCCAGGGUGGCGUUGUCAGCGAAAGGGCAGAGGAAUCCCCUGCUCCGCAACAACAAAAGUCUGGAGGUGGAAACAACGCGAAGAAGAAUAAGAAGAAGGGCAAGCGGUAG